AGGCUACCGCGUGAACGAGCUCUUGACUUGCAUUAGAAAUGGAAAGCUGCCGCCGGUCAACUUUUAGCAAGGCUCUGGAUGUCAUGAGUUUCCUCUCCUUGUCGUGAAAGUCAUGGAGUCUAUAAUCAAGUAACAGUGAACAACUUGGACUUGACAGGGAUACUCUACAGCAGGACUGCACCAAGUUGAAGCGGCCACUACAGAAAUGGCCAAUCUAAACUGGAAACCUUUCAUCUACGGAGGGAUGGCCUCAAUUGUCGCAGAAUUCGGUACGUUCCCCAUAGACCUCACGAAGACGCGGUUGCAGGUGCAGGGGCAGUCUCAGUACAUGGAAGUGCGUUACCGGGGCAUGUUCCACGCCCUCUUCAGGAUCGGCAAGGAGGAGGGCAUUAAGGCCUUGUACUCUGGGAUCUCUCCAGCGCUGCUGAGACAGGCCUCCUAUGGCACCAUCAAGAUCGGCACCUACAACACCCUCAAGGGGCUUUUCGUCAGCCGGCCAGAAGAUGAAACCAUGGUGAUCAACGUGUUCUGUGGUGUGGUGUCAGGAGUACUGUCCUCCUCGCUGGCCAACCCCACUGACGUCCUCAAGAUCAGGAUGCAGGCCCAGGGCAGUCUGUUACAGGGCAGCAUGAUGUCCAACUUCAUCAGCAUCUACCAGAAUGAAGGGACCAGGGGACUCUGGAGGGGUGUCAUCCCCACAGCCCAGCGGGCGGCCAUCGUGGUGGGGGUGGAGCUUCCUGUCUAUGACAUCACCAAGAAGCAUCUGAUUCGCUCGGGCACCAUGGGAGACAAUAUACUGACACAUUUCGUCUCCAGUUUCACGUGUGGCCUGGCGGGGGCGCUAGCCUCCAACCCGGUGGACGUGGUCCGGACCAGGAUGAUGAACCAGCGCGUGCUGUCAGGCGGCCCCAUGUACAAGGGCACCCUGGACGGCCUGAUGCAGACCUGGAAGAACGAGGGCUUCUUCGCCCUCUACAAGGGCUUCUGGCCCAACUGGCUCAGACUAGGGCCAUGGAACAUCAUCUUCUUCAUCACCUUUGAACAGCUGAAGAAGAUGCCCUUAUAGUCGGAAAACAGGAAACGAUCAAUCCAGGAAGUGGACUUGAGUGUGUGUGUUGUGUGUGAUUGUGAGUGUCCUGACGUUCACAGUCCAUCCCAAAGUUGCACAAAAGCCACGUGCUAUUUCAGUUUAUUGUUACCAUUUCAAUUUAUUAUCUUUUUGUACGACUUUUACAGCGUCUGUUACACUUUGCGCGCAAUAGCCCUUCAUGCCGCUGAACUCCAGGCAGCUGAAGGUUGAAGCGGAGUAUGGAAGCCCAGAAGGGCCAAACCACAUGUGAUUGGCUAGGUAGAGCUGCCUGCCAGUGUAAAGGAUGGGCAAGCGUGUUUGUGGGUGCUGUGUGAGAGACUCAGGAUGGUUACUUGAAUCCAGUCCAAAUGUGAACCAAAGCCACCAGGUGAAUAAAAUUACUUUCUUUUGUAAUUGUACAUGACCCCCCCCACUCCACCAACACAGGCACACACUAAAACCUACCAAACAAAACAGCCCAUAGUUGAUUCAGUUCAUGGUCAACAGUACGGUACAGUUGUAGACACACAAACCCUCAUUUCUCAAAAGUUUAUUUAGUUGUAUUUAAUUUUUUCUGUGAUCAUACUGAAGAGGGACCGACCUGGUUGCCACGGUGAAUCCCCAACGAUUCCACGCACAAGCGUCUGUGUUAUCCAAUGUCUACUUGUACAUAUUUAUGUACUAAGUUACUUUAAAGUUAAGAUAUUUGCGUGUUUGGUUAGGUUUCUCUUUCUUCCUGUAUUGAGGUUGGAGCAGGGGCUGGAUAGGAGAGCUUGGAGAGUUUGUUAGGCUAUAGUGCCAAACUUUGCUGGUACUGAACAGGUUUUCUGCUUUGAAACUCAAAUCUGGAGUUGUUUAGGUACCAGGAGAAUGCACUAUAGAUAUUUUCUCAAGCCUUAUUAUUAUUAUAAAGUAUUAGUAUUAGUAAUACGUAUUAUUGUUAUUUGGAUUAUUAUUAGUAAUAAUAAUAAUAAUAAUGUUUUCUCAUGGUUCUACUUGUUGAGAUAAAGGAUCAUGUUAUGGUCACAGUUGACCUGCUAGGACCAGUACUGUGGUGUUAGAGGAGCUUUUCCUGACGUUUUAGAUACGCCUGAUGAUCUGUUUGGAUUUGUUACCAACCUCAUAAAGAGAGGGGAGUGGGGGAAACUAGUUUUGUUUGAGAGUUAGGUUGUAUGUGCUACUGUAUUUCCGCAAUCACAUUUUCCGAAGUGUUUUAUUUUAUUUAUUUUUUAUUCUGAAUGAUUAGUUUUAAUAAUGAUGCAAGCUUUAUUCACCACUUCAUUUAUUGGUGACUUUUGGGGCUUUUGGCUUUCCUUCCAGUGAUUAAUUGUGUAUUCAAUGUCAAACGUGUUAUGUGCAUGUCUUGGUUUAGAGUCUAGCCAAGGAUAACCUGAAUGCAGCACCUUGGACCAGGAGUCACGAUCCCUGGAGAACCUUCUAGAGCAUCCUCUCUCAACCCUGGUCCUCAGGGACCCCUGCCCUGCAUGUUCUAGAGGUUUCCCUACUCCAACGCAACAUCUAGGACAUGCGGGGCAGGGGGUCACGAGAAUCAGGGUUGAGGAAGGCUGGCCUAGAUUUCUGGAUCUUAUAAAUAAUAAUGAUCAAAAUAAAUAAUUCAGUAACUAAAACAUUUAGAAAAUCAUUCCCUUUCUUCACAGUCUGUGAAACGUGAGUUUUCGUUGUUAGUCUUUGAAAUAAUUUUUUGAAAUGAUGACGUCCUUCGUGAACUUAAAAGGUCCACCCUAAAGGGCAACUCUAGUUCUCAUUUCACACUGCUUGCUUUAAUUCUUAAAUUUGAUUCUUUUUUUUUAAUUUCUAUCAACAUGUUCAUCUCAUUUCAAGGCCAGCCCUGAAUAUCUUUCACCUUGGUUGUUCAUCUGUAAAUUGAUGCAGCUUGUGUUGGAUUUUCAGAACAGUUCAGUACUGUAGAAAGUUAAGGGUCCGAACUAUCUUUUUAUUCUGUUGAUACAUUACCUAAACACAGUCAACAUGUUGAAUAUUCUGUCUGCUACCUUUUGAAUCUUUCCUGACUGCUGUAGAUUCUGACUUGAAGACUGUUUUAGGCCUGUUUCCCAGCCUAUUACAUCUCUUGGCCAUUUGCACUUCUGCCUGUUGAAACUGUGUUUGCAAUCAUAUUUAUGAUAUUUUGCUUGUUUAGGUGACCGAAUGUAUGGUUGGUUAUGUGUUGAAUAUUUUUGUGUGACGGCAUUUUAAGUAAAUGUACACUCUGAAAUAAAAUAUAUCCACCGAUUGUUUCCACACCCAAA